UUUGUGCAGGCCGUACGCUAUGCACAGCUCAUCGAUUGGCCUGGCUCUUCUCUGUGGUGGCCCAGCGUUCGCGCUGCGGCCGCCACCGCGACGCAUCGCUGCAAAACGCACGUAUGCGGUAAAUGGAGCAGUGCUGCCAACUGAGGCCUGCGUUGCCUUACUAUACGUAGCGCCGUUGCCGCCCGUUGGCACUAUCAUCGGCAGACGGUGGCGUCGAAUACGCGGCGCAGCAGUGGACAACAGCCCGUUGGUCGCGCCACCGCGCGACAAAAACACCCGACGCUACGCCCUGCUCGUGUUGGCAUAUGCGCUACGUGCCGCCGCACCGCUCUCGAAAGUGUUUUUCUUCUUCGUCGCCUUGCGCCUCUCGGACCUGCCGAGAUAUGGCGCGCCCCCCGACGAGCGGACGCCGUCGACGCCCAUAGUGCGACACGUCGUCAGCGCGGGCGCGGCCGCCGCAGCGCUCACGGUGGCGGUCUCACCAAAAACGCGAGAGGUCCUGGCCGCGCUGUGGGCCUCCGCACGCGCAAAAGAGAAAGAAUGGGACACAUACCUGGCGCGAUGGAUCCCGCCCGUGGGCCAGGGCCACGUCUUCCGCGCGUGCUACGGGCUGGCGCUCGCACUGACGGUGAAUUUCUGGCUGACCGAGUACUUCAACCGGAAUCCCCCGAGCGACACGAGCGGGGACCCCGCCCCUGAAACGUAACUCACGGCACCGACUCGCGCCGAUCGCGGCGACGGCGUGCUGGUGGGGUCUACACCGCUUUUGCGGUCCUAAAUGUUAG